AUGAGAAUUAUCUAUAUGAAACAUGCAUGUCACGUAUGUUUGAAAGAAUUAGAAAGUUUGUUUGAUUUACGUCGCCAUAUUUCAACCAUCCAAAACAAGUCAAUGCCGCCUAAAGAUACAGACGGCAACAAAACAAAGUCAUUAAAUGGAAUAAUCAUUAUAACUGAAAGCGCACCAAUUGCUGUCCCGUAUCGUGUUUGCCUGUCUCUCUGGACAUUCCACUCUGGUUUUGAAUCGUUAAAGAAGCAUAUGGCUAUUCACAAAACCCAAAGCGACGUAGCUAGCAUUUCUAUUAAAACUAGAAAAUGCUUCGUUUUCUUUCGCAAUGGGUCUAGAGCGUUACAUCAACCAAGGGUGCCGAAAGCUUUUAUUGUCAGAGCAAAAACCACUUGCAAGACAGCAAAAUGUGGACAAGCCAAUAUCGUGUCUUUGAAACAAUAUCCAACAUUUUACAAUAUGCUAAAUCAGGCCUUGGAUGUGGAAUUGUCAAACUUGCCUCGUUUCCUUUGUUCAUUUGCACAGCCAGGUAAUAUUGCGACCUACCCUAUAAUCUUGAUGAAAGUGAUUCUGUUUGUUUUAGCCGAUGUUUGUAGCGAAUGGCAUAGUCAUGAGUAUUACCAGUCAAGCGACCAUAGGCAAUUACUUGGUUUCCAAUGGUGUGAAAUUCCUAUCAAAGAACACGUUGAAUUUACAAUUGAUCCUUAUUCAUGGAUACGAACUGCUACUGUUAAGUAUCACGAUGGUCUAAGCUACGACAUGAAUGGAUAUAGUCGUCGCAUUAUGAUUGGCGGCUAUAAGCAAACCAAAGUACGGCAUGCGGAUGUUCCAAAUACCUUCAAUAAUUGCGUAUCAUGGAUGGAAGUGUUUGAGCUUAUGGCGUAUCUGUUUACAUUCCUACAAGAGCAAGAAACGAUAAUGCAAACGAUUAAAAAAAGAAAAGUCGUUGAGGGUCUUGUUAAGUAUACCGAUCGUGCAUUACAUAUUUCAAAUGAGAUCAAAGACCGACCUAUUUCAUGA